GGAUUAAUCUCUCGAUUAGAAAAAUGAAAAGGGAAAGGCAAAGUCCGAAACGUCCAAAACCCCAACUCGCCGCAAGGGAGAAAGCCAUUUACAAGGCAAGCAAGGAAUCGGAUCCCGAUUAAUCAUCCGCCCAAGUGAGUCCACCCGAUUAAUCCACCGCCCCCCGGCGCCGGCCGCGUCAUGCUCCGGCCAUUCCCCUCCUCCAACCGCACCGCCGCCGCCGCCGCCGUCGCCGUCGCCGCCGCCCCCUUCGCCGCCGCGUCGGCGAUGCCCCACCCGUCGUCGUCCUCCCGGUCGGCGGGCGGCGGGCACCACGUGCCGUCGGUCUACCCGCCGCCGCCGUCGUCGUCGUCGUCGUCGGCGUGCAGGCACACGCCGUCGUCGGCGACGCUCGAUCUCCUCAUCCUGCUGCUCGUGCUCUUCUCGGUCGCGUUCCUGCUCGCCUCCUCGCUCGCGCACGUCUCGCGCUCGCUGACCCCGCUGCUCGCCUCGCCCCCGGCCGCCGCGGCGCUCGCCUCCGCGGCGGCCGCGAUGCCCUACCUCGGCGCCGCGGCGGCGCUCGCCGGGGCGACCUUCCUCUCCUGCAGCCGCCUCCCUCGCCGCCGCUGCCGCAACCCGCGGUGCCGGGGCCUCGUGAAGGCGCUCGAGUUCGAUGUCCAGCUCCAGACCGAGGAGGCCGUGCGCGCAGGCACGGGGAGCACCAGUGGCGGCGCCGACGCCGCCAUGUGGCGCGAGAUCGAGGCGCUGCCGUGGAAGGGCGGGCAGGGUGGGAACAACCCGGAUUACGAGUGCCUCCGCGCGGAGCUACGGCGGAUGGCUCCACCAAACGGCCGGGCUGUACUGCUCUUCCGCAACCGGUGUGGAUGUCCCAUUGCUAAGCUGGAGGGCUGGGGUGUUCCAAAGAGCAAGCGCCGAAGCAAGAGGAGCACACUGGGCUUGCCAGCCGAUGGAGGGGUCCGGUGAACAAAAGUCUGUUGGCCCCAAUGGCAACAUUGUUGCUUCAGGCUGCCAUAGGGUGGAAACUGUUCAAAUAAUAUACUUCCAGUGAAAAGAUACACCGAUUACAAGUGGUUGUGCCAUGUUUGUAUUGUAAGGCGGGAUUGGUUGAAAUCUCAAAGAAACACUGAAAAAGAAACAAACAGAUGCAAUAAUAAAAGAACUGUGAAAAGGAAUAAAAACAUUGGAUAUAUUCAUGUCA